AUGCCACGUUACGGCAUUAAGUGUUUCAUAGAUCCACAUCAGGAUUGUGUAAGUGGCUCUGGUGCUCCAGGGUGGACUUUUGAAGUUGCAGGUCUUAACAUAGAGGAAUUCAAGGCUACAGGUGCUGCUUAUGUUCAUAAUACACAUCAUAGUCCAGGUGAACCUCCGUUACCCAUGGUAUGGCCUACAAAUUAUACAAAAUUGGCUAGUAGUACAAUGUUCACCCUAUUUUGGGGUGGUGAUGUAUUUGCACCAGAAACAAAAUAUGAAGGGAUAAACGUUAAAGAUUUUUUACAAGAAAAAUAUAUAAAUUGUUAUAAACACUUGGCAAAGCGUAUUCAACAUUUGGACGCUGUUAUGGGAUUUGAAUUAAUGAAUGAACCUCACCCUGGAUAUAUUGGCCUUUCAAAUCUUCUUCAAUAUGAUGCUGGUGCCACUCUUGUGUUUGGUGACUCACCAAAUGCCUUGCAAUCAUUUGCUCUUGGGGCUGGUAUACCUCAGGAGAUUGAAGUAUGGGUUAGAUCAUGGCCAUUUCCUACUCGUAAACAAACUACCCGAAUUGUUAAUAAAGAGUGCAAAUCUGCAUGGAUAAAUAAUCAAUGUACCUGGCAGCAACAUGGUGUGUGGGGAAUUGAUACUAAUACCUCAAAACCUAAAGUCCUGAUUAAGGACUAUUUCAUGAAACACCCCAAAACCGGUGAAAAACUAGAUUUCUAUAAAGAUUUCUAUUUACCUUUUGUAAACAAAUAUUCUGAGGCUAUUCAAAGUGUUAAGAAAGAUUAUUACACUUUUGUAGAACCACUUCCAAACGAGCCACCACCGAAAUGGGCGCCUGAAGAUCAUAAUAAAAAUAUAGUUUAUGCACCUCAUUGGUAUGAUCUAAAGAGUCUAUUUACAAAGACCUUUGAUGGCAUGAUUACACAUGAUGUUCAGCGUCUUACUCGCGGUGCUCAACACAUUGUGUCAGCCACGUAUUUUGGAAUUUCGGGAGCUAAAAAGAAUUAUUUGGGUCAAGUUCAGAACAUUAUCAAGGAUGGUCUUAAAAAUGUAGGAGACAAGCCUUGUGUUAUUGGGGAAUGUGGAAUACCAAUGGAUAUUAAUGAUAAAAAGGCUUUCGAAACUGGUGACUAUACACAUCAUAGCAAUUUCUUGGAUGCGGUGUUAGGUGCCAUGGAAAAGAACCUUGUUAAUUUCACCCUAUGGAAUUAUAAUCCAUUAAAUGAUAACGUACACGGUGACCACUGGUACGGUGAAGAUUUUUCAAUAUAUUCACCACCUCCAUUCAAGACUAGUAUGCCUACAACUCCACCUGCAUCAGUAACUUCAACCACUGUAACGAACGAAGCCACUGUCUCCAUUGUAAAUAAUGAAUUCCGAUCGAAACUGAAAUCUAGAGUGAAAGGAACGCUUAAAAUUCAGACAUUUCAAAAUUAUGGUCCAAAAGACCGAACGCUUCAAGAUAAACUUGAAAAUAAUAAAGAUAAUAAAGAGCAAAUAUUUCAAGAUGCACCUGAAGAACCAAAUAAUCCUUUAUCCUUGGAUAAACUUGAAAACCCUAUUAGCGCUGAGAUAUAUGUAGAGUGCGAAAACGCUAUGGACCAAUUAAGUCCUACAAGUCCUACAUCUCCAUUUGACCUAAAUCCAUGGCAGCUUGAACAAGACCAAGAAGAGUCUCAUCAUACUGGAGGUAGAGUCUUGGAUGCCGUUUUGCGCCCAUAUGCUGCUAAAAUUAUCGGUAUACCACAUACCAUGAUAUUUAAUUUAAAGACCAAGGAAUUUACAUUUAAAUUUACAAAUUAUCCUGAAUCAAAACGAAUUGUAAACUCCGAUGCUCUUAUUGUUGCACCAGAAACAGAAAUAUAUAUUCCGAGUUAUCAUUAUAAAAGAUUAAAUCUUGAUAUCCGAGUUUCUGAUGGGGAUUGGAGGUAUGUUAAAAGUAGACAAACAUUAUAUUGGAGGGUUAAAGAUUGGAUGACGGAAGGCGUAGAACACACUAUACGAAUAAGAGGUAUUGAAAGUUCUGCAGUCAUUCCAUCAGAGACAUCAGGCAGUGUUGAAUGUAUAAAUGAUGACAUCAAAAAACAAGACACUUUGAAAAUUGAAGAAGGAAUAGUUAGUACUAAAUGGAUUUUAGGUGCGAUUUUAAUUCUAAUAGUUGCAAUACUACCAUUUAAUAUAUAUUGGUGGUUAUUGCCAGGAAUGUGGAGAGCAGAUAAUAUCGAUAUAGAAUUAAAUAAUGUUACGUUUAUAGUUGAUUAG